CUUUAGGGAUGGUCGGGCACCACCGUGGCUCGAUCAUUUCGGCCACGUCCAAGGAGGAACAGGCGAAGGUGGCCCAGGAUCUGCGGAAGUCGAUAUCCGGGGGCGAGCAGGAACUGUUGAAGUCAUUGCGAGAGGACCAUGCGGCGCGAAAGGAGCAGCAAGACGGGAUUGAGGAAGAAUCAUCCGAGGAGGGCGAAGAGGAUGGAGCCCAAGGCCAACAGGAAUCGACGUCGGAUGCCAACGCCAGUCGUUAGGCAGCGGUGCCUCAUCGUGGAGCGAUGACGAUUUGUCUAUCUCGGCCCACCCCAUUUCUGCUUUUCGCGUUCUGUGUAAAGAUACCAUGUUUUACUUCUAUCUGUAUCUUCUUACCCGAGGCUGUAUGUUCGAACUGUACUUGAGCUAUUUGCAUUACAUACACUAUUCAUGAUCC